UAAAAAGAACAAUCAGUGUAGAGAAAGAACACAAAUGAAGAAGCCGAGACAGAGGCUAGAAUAACUUGAGACAGAGAGGGGGACACAGAAGGAGCCAUGGAAAAAAACAAGUGAGGGACAGAUGCAAAGACAAUAAAAGACAGAAAGAAAAAAAAACAUUCAGGAAGUGUGUGACCAGGAUCAGGACUCAGCUGACCCUCUACCGACCAGUACAGAGGAGAAUCAACCCUGAGCCAGGAUGGACUAUGAACCAAAGAAAUCCAAGAAGGGUUUUGUCUCCCCCAUUAAGCGUUUGGUCUGGUCAAAAUCUAGUCGAAGGCCAGUAGAUCGAGGCAGCAUUUACCGCCGUGCAUUGCACACUGUCCCCCUUUAUCCUCCCGACUACAUCAUCCACCCUGAGAGGCUCAUCUUCGACUACAUAGAGAAGGAAGUUAAGUUCCUUGGCCACCUGACCUGGGUGUCGGUUACACUGAAUCCCUCCAGCCGAGAUGAGCUGUUACAACUACUGGACACAGCCAGGCAGCUGAAGGUGCUGCCUCUAAAGACCAGUGUGGAUCAGGACUGCAUACUGAGUCUGUCUGCCCGCUGUCUACUGCUGACAUGGCGAGACAACGAGAAACUGCUGAUGAGGGUUCCCACGCAUGAGAUCGCUGCUGCCUCCUACCUGAGAGACGACGCACUGCACCUGCUCGUCCUCAAGACAGGUCUGAAUGUGGACACCGUGGUUGCCGGAGAUGACAGUUUGGACAGGAAAAAAACUGUUAGCAUUGAUGGACGACGUCAAACAAUGAGCUAUAAUAAUGACCCACGACCUGCAGGGGGCACAAUGGAAAGACGACACACCAUCUGUGGAGUCGAUUGGAGGCCAUCACUGUCCAGGAGUAACCACGACAAAAACCAGAAUGUGGAGAGGGGAGGGGGAGGAGGGGUAGGAAGUGGUGGAGGGGGAGAUAGAGGAGGAGGAGGGAGCUUAGAGAGGAAGAGGGUCGGGGGGAGCUGGGAGAGGAGGCAGCAAACACGAAAGACUGGAGGCAGCUGGGAGAAUCGCAGAGCGAGACCCAUGAGUGGGAGCUGGGGGGUGGGAGUGGGAGGGGGCGGAGGUGGUGGAGGGAGCUGGGAAAGGAGGCAUUGCGGAGGGGGAGGUGGUAGCUGGGACAGGAGAGGAGGAGGCAGUGGAGGAGGUGGCGGGAGCUGGGAGCGGCGGCAAGCCUGCACAGGGAGCUGGGAACGGGGUAAGAGCUACGGCAGCUGGGAGAGGAGAAACCACAACCCACUGGAGCCCACGCCUUGUCCUGACGCCUACUGCAACCUGGUCAUCCUGGCUGUAGAGAACAGGGAUGCUGCAGAGGAGUAUUGCUCUCUCAUUUGUCAGAUGUUCCAGAUCAUUUACGGCCAUCAGACCAUUGAAUGUGUUGACCGGGCAGGUUUUCACCACACCAUGCCUGACCGCUAUUGGCUGGAGAGGAGUGACAGUUGUUUGACUGACAUGUCUUACAGCUAUGACCCAGAGUUCAGUUGCUGCAGCUCAUAUGAUGGCUCCCAGGAUGCCUUUGAGCUCUAUUACAGUGAGACAUACAGCGAGAGCUCAUCUGUCUCACUGCAGGACUCCCAUCGCAGUCUGGCUUCAGCGAGUGACGCAGGAGACAAUAACCCUGCCCUCCUACUGAUGCAGGAGUACAUGAUCACACUGCGCAAUAAGCUGAGUCCUGUGGAGCUGCAGCAGUUUGCUGUGCUGCUGAGGGAAUACAGACUUGGAUCAAACAUCGACCACUUCUGCUCCGAGCUGCUGCAAUUGUAUGGAGACAAUCGCAAGUUCCUACUGCUAGGCAUGCGUCCAUUUAUCCCAGACAAAGACGUUGGAGUAUUUGAGAUUUUUCUGGAGAGCAUUGGGAUCCGAGAGGGCGGGAUUUUAACCGACAGCUUUGGACGCAUCAAACGCAGCAUGAGCAACACAUCAGCUUCGGCCAUGAGAGGCAGGUACGACAACUGCUCUCUGGCCUCAGGAUCUCAGGAAUUCAAUAGACGCAUCACUGAUAUCACCCAUGACAUCCAGGCACUUGGCUUCCAGGACACACAUGGUGACAUUGAGGAAGAGGACUACUACCUCUGAUGGAGGGAUUAAGAGAAGGACAGACAUCUGAGCUCUGAACAAACACAGGUGCCUCUAAGAUAAACCAGUGUGUUCAUAGCCCACUCUUUCAAGGGGUGGCCUUUGAAAUGCAUUCAGUAAAAUGUGGAAAUGUGUGGCCUGACAGUCAUAAAUGUGCAUUUUUUGUCUUGUGUGUAUCGUACCUAUAAAGAAUAAUUAAAGCUGGAAUCAAACAAUGCACAUUUAUUGUUUUUAUUUAGGGUUUAAAUUACAUGAUACGUCUAUAACAAACAGUACUUUUCUUAAAGUGGCACUCAUUUAAAACAGUUUAAAUUUAAAAGGUUCUGAAAUCCCAGGUUACAUCUCUGAGGUUGUUUAAAAAAUACUGUAUUUUUACAGAGCAGUUUUGAGACGCUAUCUACUGAGGGACUGUAAUACUUGCAAGUGACCACAUGGAGGCAGCAGAGAUAACAAUGUGGUUCCAUCAGUCAUAGAUAGACAGACAGACAGACAGACAGAUAGGCAUGUUGUGUUUGUAUGUGUUCCAAUGUUGCAUUGACCCCUUAUCCUGGAAGGAUAACAUGUCUUUCCCAUGAUGCACUGCUUUACUGUCCCCAAACUAUCUCCUGCCAGCCUCACUGAAUAUCAG